AAAAUGUAACAAACUAGUGGCUACAGUUAAAAUUUUAAGUCUUGUUAUUUAACUGCGCAUAUUGAAGAUAAAUUUACAAAAUCAAAGAUGGCGUGUUUAAAUGAUUGCGUGAAACGUCAAUUUCCAUUACAAAACAUGAAAGAUGUUAUUCAACUUUUUAGACAGCAAAUUCAAAACAGUGAUGAGCCGAAUUUAGCAUUACUUUCAAUUGUGGCCGGAUACUUAGAAAAUAUGUUUACCUGUAACAGAACUUUGCCACUAAAUUGUGACGUAGAAAAUGCCCUUGAACCUCUCUUUCCGACGGUUGAUUUAUCUACUAUAGAAGCACUAUAUGAAAAGUUCAAAUGUCAAAUUAAGGGGUCUGUUGAUUUGACACAAUAUAAAAGUACCCGGUUCGCUACUCGAGAUUUAGUUAAGAAAGUAUCAGAUAUUAUAUGGGGAUCUUUAACUAGAAGUUAUUAUAAAGACCGUGCUCAUCUUCAAUCACUAUAUAGUUAUUUAACAGGUAAUAAGUUGGAUUGUUUUGGAGUAGCAUUUGCAGUUGUAGCUGCAUUUCAAGUUUUGGGUUUUAAGGAUGUUCAUUUAGCAUUGUCUGAAGAUCAUGCAUGGGUCACUUAUGGAAAAGAAUCUGAAGAGACUGCAGAGGUUACUUGGCAUGGUAAAGGCAAUGAAGAUAAAAGAGGUCAACCUGUUGGGCUUGGUGUUACUGAAAAAUCAUGGCUUUAUUUAAAUGGUUAUCCAGUCAAAUGUACUCGCCGAAUGGAAGUUGCAGCUCUAGUUUCUGGAAUAAAUCCUUCUAUUAAUGCAGUAUCUGAUAGCAUUGAGGUUGCAUGUCUUCAGCAGCAACUCUUAUGGUUACUAUAUGAUUUAAAUCAUCUUAAAACAUAUCCAAUGGCUCUUGGAAACCUAGGUGAUCUGGAAGAAAUAAAUCCUAGUCCUGGCCGUCCACCACCUAUUGAUUUGUUUAGAGAAUCUAUUUUAGCUGCUCAAAGCUUUUAUUGUAAUAUGCAUGUAUAUCCAUACACAUAUAUGGGUGGCUACCUUUAUCGAAAUGGACGGUAUAAAGGAGCUUUAGAAGCAUGGGCAAAUGCUGCUGAUGUCAUCAGGAAGUAUAAUUAUGGUCGAGAAGAUGAAGAAAUUUACAAAGAAUUUUUGGAAAUAGCUAAUGAGUUGAUUCCACAUAUUGUAAAAGUCGUUAGUUCUAACGGUUGUGAACCAUCGGGUCGGGCUGAUAUUCCUCUCUUACAAGAUCCUGAAUGUUUCGCACAUUUACUGAGGUUUUACGAUGGACUUUGCGAGUGGGAAGAAGGUUCCUCUACGCCAGUGCUUCACAUUGGUUGGGCAAAGCCUUUAGUUUCUACUAUAUCUAAAUUUCCUGGAAAUGUGCGUUCUAUGGUGGGUAUUACGGUUCCUGAAACUAAAGUUGAAGAUGAUGACGAGGUAAAAGUUAUUGAAAAUGACAAAACUGAGUCUGAUAAACCUGUGAAUAAAGGUAAAAAAAAGAAUUCUUUGAAUGGUUCUUCAGAAGAAAAAUUGAACAAGCUGCCCUCUAAAGGAAGGAAUUACACACCUGACAAAGAUAAAGGAGGAAGAGGUAAGAGAAAAGGGUCUACUGUAGGCCAAGAAAAUGAAUUUUUACUAACAUUAGAGACACAAAUAAAUUCGGAUGAAGAGCCUCAUCCUAAUAUUAUGGCUCUGGCAGCUGCUUGUGGUGAUAAUAUUUUGAAUCCUGAAUAUUUAUUAGGGUCAGGGGAGCCAUUCUCAUCCCGAUCGUCAAGUGCAUCUUCGACAACAGAAGCAAUUGAUAACAAUAAGUCUAAUGGAACUCCUGUACCUGAUCUCACUACUGUUGAUGCAGGAUUGGAUAUAGAUUCAUGUACAGCUUUUUCUGAGGUCGAUGAAAAAAUCAAUGAUUCUGCCUGUGUUACACUAACAAGUCAGAAAAUGAAAAGACUGAAAGAUCUGCUUCUGGCUGAAAAAUUAAAUACAUCUGCAAUCCAGUUACAGUUAACAGCACAAUCUCAAGUACAGGUGGUCAAGAGAGGUCGCCAGGCUAAUGAAUUUGAGUUUGGAGCUGGGGGCCGCACAACGAAAAGGAGCAGAAGAGAGUGAUGGGCCAUAGUCAGGCCGCCUUGUCCAAGUGUGAUACUUACUGAAGGCGACGGAAGAAGUAGUCGCAACUGUGAUUUUGCAUGUGUAUAUCACUCAUUGUCAGACUUCUUCCUUCUUCAUAUUUUGAGUAUUGUAAAAAAGGGAUAAAGAAGUUGAGUUUUAAAGAAGACUAAAAAAGGUUAUGUAUAUAAUAUAAUAACUAUUCAUACUUUUCUUGUAAAAUGUAUAUUUAAAGAUCAAAACUAGCUUUGUUGAUAAAAGUAUUACUUGUUUUAUUGACAAUUCUAUAAAUAUUUGCCUUGUUCUUAGUCUAAGCAAAUUAAAAUAUUUUAGUAUAUGUUGGCAAUGUUGUUAGUUUAACAUUGGAUAAAAAAUUUUAAUAUGUUAAAAGUCUAUAACUGUACAUUUUAGUGUUGAUUGUUGUGUUAUAUAUUUGAAUCUUGUUUGUACAUUGUUAAUAUGUGUUUUUUGCUUCAUAUUUUAGUGUUUAUUUAAAUACUAAUAACAACAUAUUAAACUGGUUGUUUCACUAUUACUUUUCUAAGCUGUAAGGUAGCACUGAAAAAUCUGGAUUUUUUAUAACAAAAAUAGAUAAAAAAUAUGCUUCUAUUAAUUUUAUUCUUUUUACUUGAGUUUUCCUUAGCGUUUUUUUUUUUUUAAGUGAACAUUAUUAAGUUUUUAACCUUUAACACUCAUUGGGGUUCGUUAUAGAAUCUUCACACUUCUGUUAUUAUUUUGAUGAUGUUCUUUGAAGAUUCUGUUGUCAUAUAAAAUAAAGCUUUUAAGCAAAAAAAAGUUUUUUUUUACUGACCGUUAUGAGUUUUGAUCAGUUACAAGUUAUAUCCAACUUUAAUCAGCCACUUAUAUGCUAAU